AUGCACCUGAUUUUGGCAAUAAAGGUGUCCUACUGGUCUCUGAAUAAGCAGCUUUCUCGCCCCAUCCUUCUCAUCUUUGUGGCUGGACCUCGCUACGGGCAGAGCAAUGUCCUGGUGUAUGUUCUGGUCUGCUCAGCCAUCGGUUCGCUCUCCGUCUCCUGCGUCAAAGGCUUGGGCAUUGCCCUGAAAGAGCUGUUCGCUGGGAAACCUAUCUGGAAAGAACCCUUGGGCUGGAUGCUUUUGGUCGGCCUUGUGAUUUGCAUCAGCAUCCAGAUUAACUACCUCAACAAGGCCUUGGAUAUCUUCAAUACCUCUCUGGUCACACCCAUCUAUUAUGUCCUCUUCACCACAGCUGUUAUAACAUGCUCUGCCAUUCUGUUCAAGGAGUGGCAGCACCUGGUCUUAAUGAACAUCAUUGGCACCCUAAGUGGUUUUCUCACAAUAGUUCUUGGCAUCUUCCUCUUGCAUGCUUUCAAAGACGUCCCUUUUACGGCGGACUUGCUGCCUGUCUUCCUGAAGCACGACCGAACAAACGCGCACACCGCUUCUUGGAGAAAAAGGGACAGGCACCCAUCCUGUCUCCACGAACCCCUUUUGGACUCAGAGCAUGUCCUCAAAGAGAGAACGGAGAAAGGGGAGGAACAGAAUGGCCAAAGCGUAUGAAAAGUGACCUAUUACACAAACACAUGACAACCAGCGAAUGAACACUUCCAAGACUUACUGCUGCUUUCCUGAGAAUUUGAAUCAGACGCCAUUUAUAAACACUGGAGUAUUUGGGACCUUCCCCCCCUCCAAUA